AUCAGCUUAGAAGGAAGAGCCCCUCGUGCAAGAAAAAUACAGUGGCUCGAACUCAUAAUAUUGAAGCUUUGGUAAAGGACAAAGCUUGAUGCUUAAAGGGUAUGGCUAAUAUGUACAAAUCACAUUAUAAAAAGGGCUCUGAUUACUAAGCAGGUGGGGAAUGCGUAGCGUUGAAUCCAGCGUCUUCCCGCCCAAACAUUACCACAAACAGUUCGCAUACAAGUAUACAACCACCAUACCAGAGAGAGAGAGAGAGAGAGAGAGAAUGAAGUACGUACUGGUGACAGGAGGAGUGGUGAGUGGGCUCGGCAAGGGCGUCACGGCGAGCAGUGUAGGCGUCGUCCUCAAAGCAUGUGGUCUGCGCGUCACCUCGAUCAAAAUAGAUCCUUACUUGAACAUGGAUGCUGGUACCAUGUCUCCAUUUGAGCAUGGGGAGGUUUUCGUUCUUGAUGAUGGUGGCGAGGUUGAUUUAGAUCUGGGUAACUAUGAGCGCUUCCUGGAUGUGACGCUUACAAGAGAGAAUAACAUCACUACUGGAAAGAUAUAUCAGUCUGUCCUUGAGAAGGAACGAAGAGGUGAUUAUCUUGGAAGGACUGUCCAGGUGGUCCCACACAUCACAGAUGCCAUCAAGAAUUGGAUCGAAUCUGUCUCUGUCAUUCCUGUUGAUGGUGAAGAGGGCCCAGCAGAUGUUUGUGUGAUAGAGUUGGGAGGAACAGUAGGUGACAUUGAAUCGAUGCCAUUCAUUGAGGCUUUGCGACAAUUAUCCUUUUCAGUUGGACAACACAACUUCUGCCUCAUUCAUGUGAGCCUUGUACCCGUUCUAGGUGUUGUAGGAGAGCAAAAAACGAAACCUACGCAGCAUAGUGUGAGGGAAUUGAGAGCACUAGGCCUGACUCCUCAUCUGUUAGCAUGUCGUUCUGCUCAGCCUUUACUGGAUAAUACAAAGGAGAAACUUUCACAAUUUUGCCAUGUUCCAGCUGCAAAUAUUCUAAAUGUCUAUGAUGUUCCAAACAUUUGGCAUAUUCCUCUUUUACUUCAGAAUCAAAAUGUUCAUAAUGCCAUCCUGAAACAGCUGAACCUACUUAGGAUUGCUGCAUCUCCUGAUUUACAAGAGUGGACAAAGAGAGCAGAAAUAUAUGAUAAUCUCACAAACUCUGUCAGGAUUGCUAUGGUUGGCAAAUAUGUUGGCCUAACAGAUUCCUAUCUGUCUGUUGUAAAGGCCCUUCUCCAUGCUUGCGUUGCGUGCUCUUUGAAGCCAUCAGUUGACUGGAUUGCGGCUUCUGAUCUUGAGGAUGAUAGUGCAAAAUUGAACCCAGAAGCUCAUGCCAAUGCGUGGAAGACCCUAAGGAAUGCAGCAUGUGUCUUGGUUCCUGGUGGCUUUGGAGAUCGUGGAGUGAGUGGAAUGAUACUGGCCGCAAAGUAUGCUAGAGAGAAUAAUGUUCCUUAUCUUGGGAUUUGCUUGGGCAUGCAGAUUUCUGUGAUUGAGUUUGCGAGAUCUGUUUUGGGUCUGGAAAAGGCAAACAGCACAGAGUUUGAUGCUCAGACACCCAAUCCUGUUGUAAUUUUCAUGCCAGAGGGUUCAAAAACACACAUGGGGAGCACAAUGAGAUUAGGAUCUCGGAGAACGCUGUUCCAGACUCCUGAUUGCAUUACAUCUAAGCUGUACCAUAAUUCACAGUAUGUGGAUGAACGACAUCGACAUAGAUAUGAGGUCAACCCAGAAGCGAUUGGCACUCUAGAAGAAGCUGGCCUCAAAUUUGUUGGGAAGGAUGAAAGUGGAAGACGAAUGGAGAUAGUAGAACUUCCAAGUCAUCCAUUUUAUUUAGGAGUGCAAUUUCACCCAGAAUUCAAAUCACGGCCUGGGAGACCUUCAGCUCCAUUUUUAGGUCUUAUCUUGGCAACAACAGGGCAAUUGGAAGCUUAUCUCAAGAAAAAUCAACAGAAUGGAAUUUAGUAUGCAGCUUGUAACUCUUUUGUACCCCAAAUUCUCUCUUACAAGGUGGAUCAGUUUUUGAGAGGAUAAAUUUUUUAGGAACUUACAUAUAAGGAAUCAAAAAAUAAUUGAUUUUUGGGCUCUUUUUUGGGCUUUUUUCGAGCCUGAAAGUCGAUCGAGGUACUGAAUCUUUUCCCUUUUGGGCAUCAUAUCAUACAAAUGUAAGAGACACCUUAUACUUAAAAAUGAUCAAUCACAUUUAAUUGGGUUGCUUGCUUACCCU